AAGACUUGACACACACCCCAGCCUCUGUGCAGGGGUCAAGAGCUGAGGCCCAAAAGGGCCCUGGAGGGGCCCAAUGAAGACACUACUGACCAUCCUGACUGUGGGAUCCUUGGCCGCUCACACCACUGAGGACACAUCUGGUCUCCUUCGACACGUGAAAUUCCAGUCCAGCAACUUUGAAAACAUCUUGACGUGGGAUGGUGGGCCAGCUAGCACCCCCGACACGGUCUACAGUGUGGAAUAUAAGAAGUACGGAGAGCGAAGGUGGCUGUCCAAGGCAGGCUGCCAGCGGAUCACCCAGAAGUUCUGCAACCUGACAAUGGAGACCCGCAACCACACUGAAUUCUACUACGCCAAGGUCACGGCCGUCAGCUCGGGAGGCCCACCGGUCACUAAGAUGACUGAUCGCUUCAGCUCCCUGCAGCACACUACCAUCAAACCACCUGAUGUGACCUGUAUCCCCAAAGUGAGGUCCAUCCAGAUGCUGGUCCACCCUACACUCACACCCGUCCUCUCAGAAGAUGGCCACCAGCUAACCCUGGAGGAGAUUUUCCAUGACUUGUUCUACCGCUUAGAACUCCACGUCAACCACAGCUACCAGAUGCACCUUGAAGGCAAACAGAGAGAAUACGAGUUCCUGGGCCUGACUCCCGACACAGAGUUCCUCGGUUCCAUCACAAUUUUGACUCCUAUAUUAUCCAAGGAGAGUGCCCCCUACGUGUGCCGAGUGAAGACGCUGCCCGAUCGGACGUGGGCCUACUCCUUCUCGGGUGCUGUCCUCUUCUCCAUGGGUUUCCUCGUUGGCUUGCUCUGUUAUCUGGGCUACAAAUACAUCACCAAGCCACCUGCACCUCCUAACUCCCUGAAUGUCCAACGUGUCCUGACCUUUCAGCCUCUGCGCUUCAUCCAGGAACAUGUGCUGAUCCCUGUCUUGGACCUCAGUGGCCCCAGUAGUCUGCCUCAGCCUAUCCAGUACUCCCAAGUGGUAGUGUCUGGGCCCAGGGAGCCACCUGGAACUGUGCGGCGGCGCAGCCUGUCUGACCUCACCUAUGUAGGGCAGUCAGAUGUCUCCAUCCUUCAGCCUACCAACGUGCCAGCUCAGCAGACACUGUCCCCACCAUCCUACACUCCGAAGGCUAUCCCUGAGGUCCAGCCCCCCUCCUAUGCACCUCAGGCAGCCUCAGAUACCCAAGUGCUGCUCUAUUCUCCACAGCAGGGGAUGAAGACAGGGCCUGCCACCUAUAACCCGCAAGACAUUCUGGACAGCUGGCCCACGUCCUAUGCUGUGUGUGUGGAAGACUCUGGCAAAGACUCCACCCGGGGGAGCCUCUCCAGUCCCAAACACCUCAAGCCAAAAGGUCAACUCCAGGAAGAUACGCUUGUGAGAAACUGUCUCCCAGGGGACCUUUCUCUGCGGGAAGUCACCUCCUUGAGAGCUGAGGCGGUACAGAGACCAAAAUCACUUCCCCCACCCCUGGGUUUUUACACAGACAGAGGCCCUGACCUUCACACACUGCACAGUGAGGAACCAGAGACACCACGGUACCUGAAGGGGAUGCUGUCCCUCCUGUCCUCUGUGCAAAUCGAGGGCCACCCUGUCUCCCUCCCUUUGCACACCCAUUCCCUCUCAUGUUCCCCCUCAGAGGAAGGACCAAGUCCCUGGGGCCUGCUGGACUCCCUUGUGUGUCCAAAGGAUGAGGGUCUAGAGGCUGAGGCUGAAGCCACGCACCACAUUGCUGCACCCCCUGAGCUGGAGCAGCCCACAGAACUGGACUCUCUUUUCAAAGGCUUAGCCCUAACUGUGCAAUGGGAAUCCUGAAGGGAGAUCAGCACAAGCAGGCCUAGGUUUCCUUCUGCCCCACCCAGCUAAAAACCCCAGACCCACUAAGCCACAGGUUCUAAGGCCCAGCCCCGGGUGGGUACCCUCGAGAGAAUGAGAGGAAGGUUUGGGGCCCACGUGGGAAUACAAAUGUAUGGUAAAGACUCUAGUGGAAAAGCUACAGGCAGGCAUCAUGUGCAAAUGGCCUGUGCCACAGAGCCCAGCAGGCAGGACAGACAGUGCGGUACUGCAGGGAAGUCUGGAGAGCCACCCAGCUCCCUCAUCUAGUUUAACCAAGAGUGAGGCGUCCACCUUCUCUGAAAGGACUGGAAGCCAGGGAAUCAAGUGUAACAGGCGCUUCAGCCGAGGCCACACAGCUGCAAGACUUGAGGGCAGAGUGUGGUAGAGGCUCACUUCCAGUCAGGGAACCCUUCUUUGCUCUGGUGUGGGUGGCGUCACCCAGGAGUGACUCCUCAAUCCAUCAGGGGGUGGGUGGUGUCACAUAAAACUUUUCUCCAGGCAGGUGUCCAGAGAAAAGCCUUAGAAAGGAACAUGGCGCCUUGAAACCCAAAGGCUUUGGAAUCUCAGCCUGUCUGGGCUCACGUUCCAGCCUUUCCACCUGUCAUCUACAGGACAUCAAGCAAGUGAAUGAGCUCAGACCUCAGCCUCCCCAUCAACAAAAUGGGUAUCAUCACAUUUACCAUCUGAGAUGGUGCCAAGGGUGGCAUUCAUGUCUGGGAAUUGCUCUGUGGCUUCCAGCACAUGGGUGGGGUCCACUACUUGGCUGUUAUCUCCUGCUGGGAUUUUUUUUUUUUUAAAUCUGGAAACACAAGGAGGGCCUCCUUCUGUUCACAUGGGUUCAUGGGCAUUUUCUCAUGGAUUAGAGACUGUUGCAGGCAAGAACUGGACUAUCUAGGGCAGACAAGGGGAGUCUCUACAAAGCCUUCUGGAAACCAGCCCAGAGAAGUAAUGAAUGGCACAGAGCCUUCUCUUUGAGGUUGCAGGGAGAAGCUGUUUGGGCAGAGGCUAUCUCACAGGGCCUUCUUUGCGUGGAGGGAGCCCCAGGCCUCUGUGCCCCAAGACACAUCAUUGCUCUGCACCACCCUGGCCCUCUGGUCCAUGCCUGCACACAGCAAGAAGAAGCCUUUACUCUCUGCUGUCAGGAAGCUGUGUCUGUCAUAUCACUUUCAGACUGGACUUACCAGGAGGAACCCAAGGCCCAGGCCAAUGGAAGGCCCUGCUGGGGAGUCUACACGAAAACACAAGGCCUUUUGUGCCAAGGGUGGAUGCUUCCCACCCUGUUUGAAUUUUGAGCGGUUGAAAUUGGCAGAACUCAAAGUAGGGGGGGGGUGGCUAAGGAGUUCCUGGGAGAUAGGUGCCUUCCCCAUCACCUUCUUGCCCUAGAUUUCUGAGAGGUUAACACCAGACUCUAAUUGCAUCAUCUCGGUCCUCCAGAGGUACACUGUGUCCUUCCGCCAUGUUCACCUGUGUUUCCCCUUCUUUUCCCCACCGGAUCCCCUUAAUGAUACGUGGUGACAGGUGGGCCUCUUAUCUAUAUGUCAUUAAUAUUUAACCUCCCUCCAAGGUCACUGACUCAGUAUCUCAGGCCAAAGGUUAACUUUUUUUACUUUGUUUACAACUGAAUGGCUGGCCUGUUCUCGCCUGGUCAGUACAACCAGGGUUACAGAGCAAUUUUAUGGAAGGCCAUAAACUGGAUGUCAGCUCCCAGGGCUAUAUGUGUGACAACCAUAACAGAAAUGAAAGAGAAGCUGGAGUGACUGAGGAGGAGCCCUGCAGCCUCCUUCUGAGGGCUUCUCUUAGAUCAAUCACCACACACACUUCUCCUCUGGCAUCCCAGGCCCACAGCUGGGCUGGAUCCUGCUUGCUACAAGACAGGCUGUCAAAGUCCCACCAGGGCUAGGUGGUAAGCUCUACUUUUCUGAGAGCCCUACACUCUGACCCAGUAGCCUAGAAAGUCUCCAGUCCUGCCUGCUGUGCCCUGUCCUACCCAGGAGUCUCCAAGUCACCUGCCUAACAAGGAAAGACAGAGCCAGGGGUAAAAGAAAAGUGACCUCAGCAUCCCCCCAACCUUAUCCUCCAGGGAACGUUCCAAGACCCUGGACCUCUGUGAGCAGACAAGGAGAGCUGUGAAUACAGCCCAACAUAAAUGGUAAACUCACCUAAAACGGCA